ACUUUGCAAAGGCAAGAAAGAAAGCUCCAGAUACAGUAUAGGCUUCUAUCACAGAAAGGUCAUAUGGACUGGGUUCUUGGCUGAAAGGGCAGACGGCCCCAUUCAACACUUUUCAGUCUCACCGGUAUCUCACUGGACUAUCAUUUGGACUCUACUGGAUUUAAAUGGACUGUCUGGAUUAACUCUGUUAGGGUUGAAAACAGAUUUAAAGUGUCAGCAGCAUUGGAGCUUUGAAUGGACGUUGGUCUCGCCAACACUGGAGAGUCAGUUGUCUGAUUUCUUGGACGUUUCAAGGACUUUUCAAGGAAGUAAGCAGGUGCUUAGUCUGAAUUGGUCAGUCUCACAAUACUCCGCCCAGAUUAUUUAUUGAAAACUUAAACAGGAGAGAGAAAAGUAAAUAAAAGUUUGAAGAAGCUCAAUUUGGGUCGAGUUAGUUUGGAAAAAGUAGCUUUUUUCCAUUUUUAGAGAGUUAAUUUGUAAGUUGGGGGAUAUUCAUUUGAAUGUUGGCUUAGUUCAACCUUUUGUCUUGGUGGAGGAUGCACAAGGUCUUUAGGAGCAGUAGCGGCUGCAGCAGCAUGAGUCUCUUGUGCAUGCUGUGGCUGCUGGCGGUGUGUCUGGCCCCCGGGAGCCGGGGCCAGAGGCUGGGGGGGCCGGACAGGGAGCAGCCGGCCGCUGAGGGCCAGCUGUCAGAGGGCGACGCCGUCUGCCAUCAGGAGGGAUGCUACGCCGUCUUCCUGCAGAAGAGAACCUUCAGGGAGGCUGGGCGGAGCUGCCGGGAGCGAGGGGGGACCCUGGCCACCAUGCACACCCCUGAAGCGGCGGGCGUGGUCCACGAGCUGCUGUCCACCGUCCAGGGACAAGGGCCCAGGAUGAGGCAUCGUCUGUGGAUCGGACUGCACCGAGCGCCGCGCCAGUGCUCCCCCAGAAGACCGCUCAGAGGAUUCGUCUGGGUCACAGGAGACCAGGAUGGUCAGUUUACCAACUGGCUCCGAGAGGACACCCCUGGGACAUGUGCGGCCCAUCGCUGCGUGGCCAUGACCGUGCAUGUAUCUGACAGUGGACAAGAGAACAAAGACAAUUUCCGGUGGGUUGACGGCUCCUGUGGGGUGGCUUUGGAUGGAUAUGUCUGCCAGUACAACUACAAAGGCAUGUGUUCGCCACUGAAGGGCGAGGGCAGGGGUCCGGCUGUCUACUCCACCCCAUUCCACCUUGUUAGCACCCUGCUGACCCAUGUGCCCCUAGGAUCCGUAGCUGCUCUGCCAUGCCCUGCAGACGGUGCCGACCCAGACACUCCCACUGGGCAGACGGUGGUGUGCAUGGAGAGAGAUGACAUGACGGUGGACUGGUCGAGGGACGGCCCUCUCUGUUCAUCCACAACACCACCGAGCCAGGACUGGUGUAGCGGGGACCAUGGGUGCGAGCAGUACUGCCAGAACACAGACACAGAUUACUACUGUUACUGCUCCGAGGGCUUCGUGAUAGAUGAAGACGGCUACAGCUGCAGGCCCGACCCCCUGCUGGAAACCAGCCCGCCGGAGCUGUCCUCUGACUCUGCCGGCCCCACCGAUCAGCCUCACAUGAAGGAGAUCUGUGUGGCCAUGGGAUGUGAGUACGACUGUGUGGAAACCACUCGGGGCACCAGGUGCACGUGCCCCCCAGGCUAUAAGAUUGGCGCAGAUGGACGCAGAUGUUCUGAUGUAGACGAAUGUCUACAGCAACCGUGCACGCAACACUGCGUCAACACCCCUGGCACCUUCCACUGCACCUGCUACCAGGGCUAUCAGCCGGACGAUGACGGCGAAUGCGUGGACACUGACGAGUGUCUGGACGAAGGUAGCUGCGAAGGCUCUUGUGAGAACACCGUGGGGUCCUUCACCUGCCUGUGUAACCCCGGCUACGAGCUGGACAGCGGAGGAGUGUGUGUAGAUGUGGAUGAGUGUAUGGUGGAGUCGCCCUGCCACCAGCAGUGUCUGAACCUUGUAGGAGCGUAUCAGUGUUUUUGCGACAACGGCUUUGAGCUGCAGUCAGACGGACUCACAUGCCAGCCUUUGAAUGAUGAUGAAGAGUACUCCACCCUGACUCCUGAUCCCGUUGACUCUGCUGACAUGCCCUGGUCCACCUCGUUCACCCCUGACCCCGCCGUAAGAAACUUUGAUGUCAUAUGGCUGACAGAGGUCCCUGAGGGCCUUUACCCUGACAUGGCUCAUGGAUCAGAUAAUCACCUCAACCAGUGGGAUGAUCUAUCACCCCAACAAUAUCAGACAGCCCCAUCGCCAACUGAGAAACACAGCACAGGCAAUGAAAUUGAAAAUGACGCCAAGACGGGAGGUAGAGAGCAAAGUGGCGGGGCAGCCGCCGAAACCGUAAAUGGUGGGACUGGGGAGGCGGAGGCACCAAAGGUGGACAGUACGGAGGAAACCACAGGCGCAGCAGAGGAUGGAGAUGGAGCAGCAGGUAAACGGAAACAUGACAAAGGCUGGCUGCUGGUGGCGCUGCUGGUGCCGCUGUGCGUGUUCCUCGUAGUGAUGCUGGCUCUGGGGAUCGUCUACUGCACCAGCUGUGCCGUGGACAAGAGCCUUACCUUUUCAGACUGCUAUCUUUGGCUACUCCCAACAGCACGACCUGAGAGAAAUGAAGCCAAAAGCCAAGCAUGAACCUUAGUAUAGACUAGCACACAGCAAUGUGUUUAGAUGUUCGUUAACAUUUCUAUGGUGGCAAAGGACUGGUCACUAAAAACUAUAAUUUGGAUAUUGUAAAGCUGCCUUGCUCACAUAUUUUCCAUUGCACAGCCUUUGUAAAUAACUCACUGUCAUGUUUUUAAAAUUCAAUAAACCCAUGAAACUGAUGAAAA